AUAAAUAUACAAUUUAGCUUAACAUCUUUUAGAUCAUCAACAUAUAGCUAUAUGGAGUUCCAAGAACUUAUGAUAGUAACAAUAAGUGGUCUAGGGUUGAUCAAAGUGAUAAGUUACUCAAUUAAAUUUGUAAUGUGGGUAUGGAUUACGUUCUUGAGAGCCCCAAAGAAUCUCAAGGAUGAAUACGGCCCGUGGGCCGUGGUCACCGGAGCCACGGAUGGAAUAGGCAAGGCUCUGGCUUUCGAGCUAGCCUCGAAAGGUCUGAGUCUGAUUCUGGUGGGUCGAAAUGCUUCCAAACUCGAAGCCACUUCGACGGAGAUCAUAGUAUCAUUAUCAUCAUCAAAAUCAUCAUUAGUGGAAGUGAAAAGUGUUGUGGUUGAUUUGGCCAAGUGUAGUGGGAAAGAACUAGGUGAGAUUAUAGACAAGGAAAUAAAGGGUUUGGACAUUGGAAUUUUGAUCAAUAAUGCAGGAUUAGGUUAUUCUUAUCCACAAUUCCUUCACGAGGUUGAUUUGGAGAUAAUGGAGGACAUUUUUAAGGUGAAUAUAGAGGCAGUUACAUGGAUGGUUCACUCAAUUCUUCCAUGUAUGUUGAGAAACAAGAAAGGUGCUAUUCUCAACAUUGGCUCUGCUUCCUCUGCUUUUCUUCCUUCUUUCCCUUUUCAAACCAUUUAUGCUUCUUCAAAAGGAUACUUGUCUAUGUUCUCAAAAAGCCUAAGUGAGGAAUACAAACAGCGUGGAAUUGACAUUCAGUGUCAGGUUCCAGCAUAUGUGGCAACAAAGAUGACAAAGUUUGAAGCAAGCUUAUUUAUACCAAGCUCAGAAAAGUACAGCAAAGCAAGUGUAAGAAGCAUAGGUUAUGAGAAAUCUUGUUCUCCUUACUGGUCUCACUCCUUGCUUUGCUUCAUCAUAUCUCUCCUACCACAUACCUUCCUCAACCACCUUCUCUAUUCAAAAAAUGUUGCCUUAAUUAAUAAUAAGUAAUUUAUGCUAUGAACAUUAAACAUGAUGUAACAACUACAUACUUUUGCUUAUUAAUAUUUAUAAAAAAAUAGGUGAUGGUUUGUCUUUGGUUAAAA